AUGAACCCGAAGAAGGCAAAAAAAAAGCCUACUGACCGGCCUGUCAUAGCAUCAUCAACAGCAUCAUUGUCUCCACGGCCAGAAUUGGUUUUGAGUCGGCGUGCUGUUGUGCAUACCGAGGAGGAAGAGAAUGCGUUGUACGAAGACAAUGACAACAAUGAUGAUGCUGAUGCUGACAACAACAUAGUGUUGUCAGCCGAGGAUGAAGCUGAUGAGACGGCGGAGGAUGAGCUCGUGCCAAGCCAGAAGGUGCAAGACCAAAGUGCGAUGGUGCACAAACUUGCCUACAAAAUCAUACACUCCACUAAUAUUGUCCUUCCUGCUUGGCAUGGCAUCCAGAGGGAUUUGUCGGAACCCCAAACCCUCAUGCCACGUGAUGUGGCCACAUGGUGGAAUUCCACAUUCGAUAUGUUGAACUAUGCACUGGAGCAUCGAGAGGCCGUGGAUGCCAUUACACAACGGCGGGACUUAGGUUUACGGAAGUAUGAAUUGGAGGAUAAUGAGUGGGUGAUACUGCAACAAUUGCGGGAUAUACUUAAGAUUCUAAAGGACGCCACCCUUUACUUCUCGCACGCAACACCUAACCUUGCAACAGUGAUCCCAGCAAUGGAUCACGUCAACAAGACGCUCACCUCCUUUUCACGCAACAAGAAAUACUUGCCCUCAAUUCGUUCGGCUGUUUCGGCUCACUAA